AUGAGAGAAAUAAUUUCAUUGCACAUAGGACAGGCAGGAGUACAGAUAGGAAAUGCAUGCUGGGAGUUGUACUGUAAAGAACAUGGAAUUCUACCUGAUGGACGGCUUGAUCAGAACAGGAUGGACGAUGAAAGUGCAGAAUCGUUUUUCUCUCAAACAAGUGUUGGGACGUAUGUUCCACGCACUCUGAUGGUUGACUUGGAACCUGGAGUGCUUGAGAGCAUCAAGACUGGGAAGUACCGAGAGCUAUACCACCCUGGACAGCUUAUUUCUGGAAAGGAGGAUGCAGCAAAUAACUAUGCCCGAGGGCAUUACACUGUUGGGAAGGAGAUAAUUGAACCUGUAAUGGAGCAGAUAAGAAGAAUGGCAGAUAACUGUGAUGGGCUACAAGGGUUUCUGAUAUACCACAGUUUUGGAGGAGGGACGGGUUCUGGAUUUGCAUCAUUGAUGAUGGAUAGGCUUGCAGCAGAAUUUGGAAAGAAGAGUAAGCUUGAGUUUAGUGUUUAUCCGGCACCAAAGAUAGCAACUGCAGUUGUUGAGCCUUACAACAGUAUUCUGACGACUCACACGACAUUGGAUUACUCUGACUGUUCGUUUCUUGUUGAUAACGAGGCGAUUUAUGAUAUGUGUAGGAAUCUAGGGAUUCAAAGGCCCUAUUAUACGGAUAUCAAUAGGAUAAUAGCACAGGUUGUUUCGUCCAUAACAGCAUCUCUUAGAUUUCCUGGGUCCUUGAAUGUGGACUUGACUGAGUUCCAAACAAACCUUGUUCCCUAUCCUCGGAUCCACUUUCCUCUUGUUGCGUAUUCUCCGAUGCUAUCUAAGGAAAAGGCAGCACAUGAGAAACUGAGUGUGCAAGAGAUCACAAAUGCCUGCUUUGAGCCACAAAGCCAAAUGGUGCGAUGUGACACUCGUAAGGGAAAGUAUAUGGCAUGCUGCCUUCUGUUCAGGGGAGACGUGAACCCAAAGGAGGCCAACAAUGCUACAGCUAAUGUCAAGGCAAAGAGAACCAACCAGUUUGUUGAAUGGUGUCCUACGGGGUUCAAGGUUGGAAUCAACAGUAGAAAGCCCACUGUCCUUGAUGGAGAGGCGAUGGCAGAAGUGUCCAGGGCAGUGUGUGCACUUUCGAACACAACAGCGAUUUCGGAGGCAUGGAAGAGGCUCAAUAACAAGUUCGACCUUAUGUUUUCCAAGCGGGCAUUUGUGCAUUGGUAUGUUGGUGAGGGUAUGGAAGAGGGAGAGUUCAGCGAGGCUAGGGAGGAUCUUGCCAUGCUUGAGGAUGAUUACGAAAGAAUUUCCUCGAAUGCUGAGCCUAUUGAUGAGUAUUAA